AAAAUAUAAAAUAUAUUAAGGUAAAUAUAAUUGCUCAUUCGUAACUUGUGAGUUUGACAGGCUACAUAACCAGCCUAAUCGAACAACCUUUUAUCCAGAAAUUGAUAUAGUACCAAGACAAGUGCAGGAAUAUGCGCGAAUGCAUCUCAGUUCAUAUCGGUCAAGCCGGCGUCCAGAUCGGUAAUGCUUGCUGGGAACUGUAUUGUUUGGAACAUGGUAUCCAUCCCGAUGGACAAAUGCCCUCGGACCAAUCCGUAGGUUCUGAAAAGGACAGCUUCAAUACAUUUUUUAGUGAAACGGGAACGGGCAAACAUGUCCCCCGUGCUGUUUUUGUGGAUUUGGAGCCUACAGUGGUAGACGAAGUCCGCACUGGCACCUACAAACAACUGUUUCAUCCUGAACAACUUAUAACAGCAAAGGAAGACGCGGCUAAUAAUUAUGCCAGAGGACACUACACCAACGGAAAAGAAAUAAUCGAUACUGUAUUGGACCGCAUAAGGAAACUUUCUGAUAACUGCAGUGGUCUUCAAGGUUUCUUAAUCUUCCAUUCAUUUGGUGGUGGAACAGGCUCAGGAUUUACAUCGUUGCUCAUGGAAAGGCUGUCUGUCCUUUACGGUAAAAAAUCUAAGUUAGAAUUUGCUAUUUAUCCAGCUCCCCAGGUGUCUACCGCUAUUGUCGAACCCUACAACUCUAUUUUGACAACCCACACUACUCUGGAUCAUACCGAUUGUGCCUUUAUGGUGGACAACGAAGCUUUAUACGAUAUUUGCAGAGCAAAGUUAGACAUUGAACGACCCUCAUACACUAACUUAAAUCGCCUUAUCGGACAGAUAGUGUCUUCUAUCACAGCCUCAUUGCGUUUUGACGGUUCUCUUAAUGUAGACCUGAAUGAAUUCCAGACAAAUUUAGUUCCUUACCCACGUAUUCACUUUCCAUUAGCAACUUACGCUCCUGUAAUAUCCGUGGACAAAGCAUAUCAUGAGCAGCUUUCAGUUGCUGAUAUCACAACAGCUUGUUUUGAACCGGCCAAUCAGAUGGUUAAAUGCGACCCAAGCCAUGGAAAGUAUAUGGCUUGUUGUUUACUAUACCGUGGAGAUGUUGUACCUAAAGAUGUAAAUUCCGCCAUUCUUUCCAUAAAAAGCAAGAAGAACCUUCAAUUUGUCAACUGGUGUCCUACAGGGUUCAAAGUUGGUAUCAAUUAUCAGCCUCCGACGGUUGUACCUGGAGCAGAUUUAGCUAAAGUACAACGUGCAGUUUGUAUGUUGGCAAAUACAACUGCUAUUGCAGAAGCCUGGGCAAGAUUGAACCACAAAUUUGAUCUUAUGUACGGUAAGAGAGCUUUUGUGCAUUGGUACGUCGGUGAAGGCAUGGAGGAAGGUGAGUUUACAGAAGCUCGUGAGGAUCUGGCGGCUUUGGAAAAUGAUUAUAAAGAGAUUGCUUGCGAUUCUGAGGCUGAUGAAAAUUAUGAAAUUGAAGAAUAUUAGAUUGAUAUUUCUGAUAAAAAAAAUAUAUUGAGUUUAGUUGAGU